AUGCAAACUUGCAGACUUGAAAGCAACGUGUCUAAAAAAGAACUCGAGGAUAGCGCUUGCUCUGCUAUAGGAUCUUAUUUCACUAGGGACCGUUACAAUUUCAGGUUUAUUCACGAUGCUCUAGAAGAAACUGUCGGUUGCCAUUUCUAUACGUUUGAUCCCAGAGCAAUGUUAUCCGAAUGUGACAUCUUGUUUAUUAGAGAUCGUAUAAGAGUUCAUUCUAAUGAAAACAGUCCUGAAAUUAUUGGUGAAAAUAUGGUGAUUAUUAAGGAAGAUGAAUUGAAUGAGAACUAUCUUGAACCGUUAUUUAAUAGAUUGGGUGAUGAAUUGUCAAAUGGGAGAUUUUCAAGUUUGUUGAUGAGCGACCUUUUUGAAAAUAGAAACUUCGUCCGUUUAUUUGGAAUCACGGUUGAUAAUAAACAUUGCACACUAAAAUCAAAUCUUACUUUUUUAAUUAAGAAUAGUUCCAAGGGGAGACAGAGCAGUCAGUCUGUUUAUAAAAAAGCCCUAGAUAUUUUAUCCAAUGAUGAAUUAAAAGGAAACAGAGAUGCCAUUAGUCGAGUUAUACAGGCAAUCUAUGGCAGACGAACCCUUAUUUAUUGGAUUGUAGCCUUCGGUCGCCAUGAAUUCUUUCAGUAUGCAUGGAACAAGAUGACAAACUUAGAACGUGAAUGGAUUCUGGGUAGAGAUUAUUUUAACCAACACUUAGUAAAGUCCUUUUUUCCUCUAGCUGUUCUGGGUGGUAGCUUUCAUAUUGUAGAAGAAUUAAUUAGUUCUGGUGCAGAUGUUAACUGCUUUUCCCAAUUUGGGGAAACCCCUUUGUAUAUAGCCGUUAAGUCAGGUUGUUGUAAAAUGGUACGCUUACUAAUGGAAAAUGGGGCACACGUAAACUUAAGAAGACGGUUCACAAUGAAUAUACCAAUGUUGGUAGCUUCAAAUAAACCCGAAUUAACUAGUUUGAUCCUUGAAUAUGACAAGAACCAGACAGAGCUUCAUAAAGCAGUCCAACGUAACGACUUAGAAAGUUUGAGAUCAAAACUUCGGUUAGAGGAUAUUGAUUGUAAAACAAAGAGCGGGUGGACAGUCCUACAUUACGCUGUAUUAUUAAAAAAUUUACAAGCUGUACAGGUUUUAUUCCAUGAAGAAUUGACACAAAACGAUAUUUCAUAUUUUGAAUUUAAGCAAGUUCACCAAUUAAAAGUAAGCAUAGCUGACAAUAACGGACUAACCGCUGUCCAUCUAGCAGUUAUAAACAAUAAUAUCGAUAUAUUAUCUGUUCUGCUACGUAAUAAAGCUGAGGUAAAAAUUCGUGAUGAUUUCGAUAGAACACCUUUACAUUACAUAUCGAGUGAAAGUAUAACAAAAGUAUUGCUAACGCAUAGCUCUUGGCGACAGUGUUCACUUGAGAAUAAUCGAUUCCCAGAGAAUGGAAGACAAUAUAAUAAAACACCGAUAUUAGCUUUCAGGACCACGUGUUUUAAUAUCGCUAUACAUACUGCUUUGAGGGAUGUUUGUCGUGACUUUGUAAACAUGCCAGACAAAGAGGGUAACACACCCUUACACUCUCUUAUAAAGAGAAGAAUUUUAAAAGAGGAAAGCCAUAGAUGUAUAGAAACAUUGCUAGAGAAUGGGGCUAACCCUUAUUUAUGUAAUGACUAUGGCGUUUCAGCCAAUGGAUUAAUUCAAAGCAGUUUUGAUACAGUUGAAUAUAUAAGCGAUAGAAAAUUCAUCGAGAAGUAUUAUAUAUGUACUGAUGUGAAGAAAGCUCUUGCUCACAUAGAUGCAUUCUUAUCUUGA